UUUCCCCCCCCCGCGACGUCAGAGGUGACUCAGCCCCACCCGGCCCUUCAAAAGCGGCGCAGGCGGCGCAGCCCCACAGCGCCCGACGCCAUGGCCGCCCGCCGCCUGCUCCUCAUCCUCCUCGGCGCCGCCGUGGUGGCCCCGGAGCAUCCCCUGCAGGUGGCACAGGAGACGCUGGAGCUGGAGCUGGAGCUGGAGCAGCAGCAUGUGGAGCAGCUGCUGCAGCAGGAGCAGGACCCGCCGCUCCCCCCCCACAUCCUGGUGGCCGCCGGCGCCACGCGCCCCCCGCUGUCCCUUCCGGGCUGGGGCAGCGCCCUGGACGGGUUCCCCCCGGCCUGGCCCGAGGCGCCCGCGGUCACCCAGCACUGUCACCGGCUGCCCGCCGCCCCCCCGGCGCCCCCGCUGCCCCCCAGCUCCUUCGCGCACCUGCGGCGCCAGGCGGCGGCCCUGGCCGCGCUGCACCCGCGCAUCAGCGCCUGCUGCCAGCUGCGCCAACCGCUGCCCUGCGCGCGGCGCGCGUGGUUGGACGUGCUGGACGAUUUCUGCGCCGACGAGUUCGGGGUGAAGACGCGGCAGUUCCACUGCUGCCGGCAGGACGGGGCCGCCCGGCGCCGCUGCUUCGCGCGGGGCCCCGACGCCGUGGCCGCCGCGGCCGCCGACGACCCCCCGACCGCCGUCGUCACCGACUGGGACGUCCCCACGCCGCCCUUCCCCCCCGGGGAGCCCACGGCCGCCAACUGGGGGAACAUCUGCGGGUUUUCGGGGCUGCGGCGCAGCCUCCCCGGCCCCUCCGGCCCCCGCGGGCGCAUGAGCCUGCGCCUGGAGCGCGAGUUCGGCCGCUGCUGCCGCAACCAGAGCCUGGACUGCGCCCGCCGCGCCUGGCAGAAGGGGCUGGAGCGGUUCUGCCGGGAGGAGGCUGCGGUGAAGACGGGGCAGCACCGGUGCUGCCAGCGCCUGGGGGGGUCCCGGGGCCGCUGCUUCGCCGCCGCCGCCCCCCACCCCAACUACGACCGGGAGCUGUACAACGUGAGCCUGGCCCGGCCCGGCCCCGCGCUGCUGCGCUCGCUCUGCGCCCCCACCCGCCUCGUCACCAAGAGGCGCCCGGUCCCGGAGCUCCUGGGGGCCGUGACGUCCGCGUGCUGCCCCGUCUCCCCCGAGCAGCAAAGCACCUGCGCACAGGACCAGCUGUCCCAGGCCAUCGCCGCGCUCUGCGCCUCCCCCUGGCGCGACCCCCGCGGCUGCUGCUCCCGGGGGGGCCCCGCGCGCCGCCGCUGCUUCGACUCGUCCUACCUGGCACAGGUGACACUGGGGGCGGCCGUGCCCCCCCCACCCCCCGGACUCGACCCCUGAGCCCGCCCGGGGACACGGGGACAAUAAAGGUGCUUUGGUGUCAA